AUGGUCUCUGGUAUUUUGUUGAAUCUUUACGAGUGGUUGAAGUCGCACACUUGGGUUGUAUGGUAUAAGAUGACACGAGAUGACCCCACGGGGAACCGUCCACUGACAACUGGCAAGGCCAGCAAAAAGUCAACUUUCGAAGUCGUGUGGUCAUCGGGUGAAAUCCACCAUAAUCCAAAUCGAUGGCACGGAUACGCCAAAGCCUCUGCAGAAGACAUCCCUUUCGGUCGUCAGAUUAGCCAGAGCGAUGCAGAGCACCCAGAAGAGAUCGCACAUGCACCCAAACCAACCAUGCCCACCGCAAUCAUUUUGCGAGAAGAUUACCUCUACUUCUGGACCUACACUGCCUUCUUCCAGCUCUCUAGAACAAGCCGCAGCAGCCCGUCCUUUGCCUCCAAGCUCGAGGCAGGCCUCCACCGCUUCGGCCUACUCGAUGCCCACGGCGACUGGUGCGGCACCGUGAUCCUCGAAGAUACAUGGUUCGCCCGCGUGGGCGACGUCGUCGAGCUCGCAGCCAUCUCGGACGCCCGGGACUUUUCAAUGGAGGAGCUGGAUAGCUGGAACUACUAUGUGCCCGAGGACCGCGAGGUGUCCGAGUGGCAUCUGUACUACGCGUUCGUCAUCACCUGGAACAAGGAUCGUAGUGUUGCUGAAAGGGCUGGGCUGGCGAAGGUUUAUCAGCGGGCCUUCGACGUGGCUUCUUUUCACCCGGGAAAGGCGUGGAAGGAGAUCACUCUCGGAUAG